AUGGAUCGCUUACUCCUAGCUCCAGAGCCCCUCAUCCGCGCCAUUCUCGUAGCCCUGUGCGACAAUGAGCGGCUCCAGGCCCGCAGCCUCCUGUACCUCGACCGAUUGGAGAAAUCACAAGUGACACAAACAAACACAGGAGCCACCAAACCCGAGAAAUCCUCUGGUAGCCACCCGCAGCUCGCAAGCACAAUACCUCUGGGGAAAAGGAAGGCCCCCGAGCCACCCCCUCCACAAAUAUGCAUCCAGUGCAAGCUCGCCUUCCUCUCAAAUUCCAACAAUCCGCAGGCCUGCGCGUUCCAUCACGGCGCUAUGGAGAUAGAACCGUCACACCGUGUCUGGUGGAGCCAGGAUGCGCAACAUGCGCUACAGAACAACAACACCGAGGAAAACCGCGAGGACAGGCCCGAGGGAUUCAACUGGUCUUGCUGUGGGAGGGGCGGUGCUGGUCCGGGCUGCACCGAGGGUGAGCACCUCGCCAUCAGGGCAGACGACCGCUCCAAGCGGCGGCGCGUGGACCCCGCGGCGGACCCGGACUCACUGCGGUUGUUCGAGGGGAAGGUUCUGAGGCCGAACGAGUUUGUGAAUAACAACCUCUUGGAGAGUAGUAGCUCGGACGACUCAGAGUGGAGCGAGGCUGUCGAGCGUGGUGAUGCGAUUCCCGUGGGUAACGACGGCGGCGAGUUGCCCUCGGAAGCAACGGAGAGGAGUAGCGGAGGUGGUAGUGGAGGGUCAGAUACUGGAGGUUAA